AAAAAAAAAAAAAAGAGGAGGAGGAGGGUGAGAGCGAAGCUCGGAGAGCAGAGAAAAAGGGGCCCAGCGGUCGCCCCCCCGCCUCCCCGCACGCGCUCUCUAGCCGCGGCCACCCCGGCCUCUCUCGGGGCUCCCCCGCGAUCGGAUCCAGGCGCUGCGCGAGGCCCUGCCGGGGCGGCCAUGCGGCGGUGACAGGAGCGCGGCCGAGACGCAGCGGCCCCUCGCCCCCGCGCCGCCCGCCCGCUCGCCACAGCCGAGGCUGCUCCCCGGUGGCCCUCGCUCGCUUCCCUUCGCACCCCGGGCCCCGGCGCUGCCUGGAGGCGGCUGCACUCGGCAGAUCAGGACAGCAAGGACACAGAUAACCUAACUCCUGAAAUGGACCUCCAACAAGAAGCACUGGAAGAUUUCAGAGAAUGGCUGGAGGCUGUUUUCAGAGAUAAAAGAAGACAGCUCAUCUAGUAAACAAUAGCCAACAAGAAUAAACAGUACAAAAAGAAGCAGCAGCAGACCAAUUAAGUUCAUCUUUGAAAACCGGGGAGACAAAGCAUGAUGUAAAAAACAAAGGCAUUCCGAUGGAAGACUGAGGAAGCUGAGUGGAUGGGAAGAAGACCAGCAGACUCAGGGAGCCCCAGUAGCCCCUUCUGAUCUGUGGCCACACUGUCUGCUGUUUCAAUGGAAAGUUCCAGAUAAAGUUUGUCAGGUUGUAUCACGCGCGGUUGUGAGUCGUGCAGUGAAGUCUCCCUCCGUCCCGCCGAGGCCAUGAGUCGUCCCUGUGUGCAGCAUGUCCACGCUGUGUCUGCUGCCCGCCUGCUGGCCACGUGGUAGCCCUCCUGCUAAUCAGAUGGACUGCCUGGGAGCUCCCAGUCUUCCAGUUCUUGUCUUGCUUAAGAAUGGCCCCAAAGCGCAAGAGUAAGGAUGCCGGCCAUUCGCACCUGCCAAAGAGAAGCCGGAAAGUGCUUCCUCUAAGUGAAAAGGUGAAAGUCCUUGACUUAAUAAGGAAAGAGAAAAAGUCCUAUGCCGAGGUUGCCAAGAUCUACGGGAAGAACGAGUCGUCUAUCCGUGAAAUCGUGAAGAAGGAGAAGGAAAUCCGCGCGAGCUUCGCCAUGGCCCCUCAGAACGCCAAGGUCACGGCCACAGUGCGAGACAAGCGCCUGGUGAAGAUGGAAAAGGAGCUGAGUGUGUGGGUGGAAGACAUGAAGAGGAGGCGCGUGGCGAUCCACGGCAGCGUGCUGCGGCAGAAAGCCCUGAGCCUGUACGCGGACUGCAGCCGGGGGUCCCCCGACAGGGCCGAGGGGCUCCUGGAGAGAAAGCCGUUCACCGCGAGUAAGGGCUGGCUGCACCGAUUCAGGAGCAGGUUUGGACUGAACACCAGGAGCAUUCCUGGAGAGGCGGCCUCCGGCGAGGAGGCGGCGGCCGUGGAGCUUCCUGCAGAGUGGGAGAAGUUGCUGAAGGAGAGAGGAAGGCGCCCCGAGCGCGUUUCCCACUGCCGGGAAGGUGGGCAGCAGGAGGGGAUCAUGGCCCAAGUCGCGAUGUCCACGCUGCCCGUGGAAGACGAGGAGUCCUCGGAGAGCAGGAUGGUGGUGACGUUCCUGAUGUCAGCCCUGGAGUCCAUGUGUAAAGAGCUGGCCAAGUCCAAGGCAGAAGUGGCCUGCAUUGCAGUGUAUGAAACAGAUGUGUUCGUCGUCGGGACCGAGAGAGGGCGCGCGUUUGUCAACACCAGGAAGGAUUUUCAGAAAGACUUUGUGAAAUACUGCGUCGAAGAAGAGGAAAAGGCUGCAGAGAUGCAUAAAAUGAAAUCUCCAGCCCAGAGCAAUCGGCUGAGUGUGGAUGCCGUGGAAAUCGAGACACUCCGAAAAACCGUGGAGGACUAUUUCUGCUUUUGCUAUGGGAAAGCUCUAGGCAAAUCCACAGUGGUACCUGUUCCGUAUGAGAAGAUGCUGCGAGACCAGUCGGCUGUGGUGGUCCAGGGGCUCCCGGAAGGGGUCGCCUUUAAACACCCUGAGAAUUACGAUCUUGCAACCCUGAAGUGGAUUUUGGAGAACAAAGCAGGGAUUUCAUUUAUCAUCAAGAGGCCUUUCCUAGAGCCAAAGAAGCACCUAGGUGGUCGCGUGAUGGUGACAGAUCCUGACAGGUCGAUGUUGUCUCCAGGUGGAAGCUGUGGCCCCAUCAAAGUGAAGACCGAGCCUGCGGAGGACUCUGGCAUUUCCCUGGAAAUGGCAGCUGUGACAGUAAAGGAAGAAUCAGAAGACCCUGAUUACUAUCAGUAUAACAUUCAAGCAGGCCCUUCUGAAACUGAUGGUGUUGAUGAGAAACUCCCCCUUUCGAAGUCUUUGCAAGGAAGCCAUCAUUCUUCAGAGGGCAACGAAGGAACAGAAAUGGAAGUACCAGCAGAAGAUUCUACUCAACAUGUCCCUUCAGAAACAAGUGAGGACCCCGAAGUUGAGGUGACUAUUGAAGAUGACGAUUAUUCUCCACCCACCAAGAGACCCAAGAGCAGCGAGCCGCCCCAGCCACCAGCCCCAGAACCUGCCAACGCGGGGAAGCGGAAAGUGAGGGAGUUCAACUUCGAGAAAUGGAAUGCUCGAAUUACUGAUCUACGUAAACAAGUCGAAGAGUUGUUUGAAAGAAAAUAUGCUCAAGCUAUAAAAGCCAAAGGCCCGGUGACGAUCCCAUACCCUCUUUUCCAGUCCCACGUUGAAGACCUUUAUGUAGAAGGGCUUCCUGAGGGGAUUCCUUUUCGAAGACCAUCUACAUACGGAAUCCCUCGCCUGGAGAGGAUACUGCUCGCGAAGGAAAGGAUUCGCUUUGUGAUCAAGAAACAUGAACUUCUGAACUCAACGCGAGAAGAUUUACAGCUUGAUAAACCAGCGUCAGGAGUGAAGGAGGAGUGGUAUGCCAGGAUCACCAAGUUAAGGAAGAUGGUGGACCAGCUCUUCUGCAAAAAAUUUGCGGAAGCGUUGGGCAGCAGUGAGGCCAAGGCUGUCCCGUACCAGAAGUUUGAGGCGCACCCCAACGACCUGUACGUGGAAGGACUGCCCGAGAACAUUCCCUUCAGAAGCCCCUCCUGGUACGGAAUCCCGAGGCUGGAAAAGAUCAUCCAAGUGGGCAAUCGAAUCAAAUUUGUUAUCAAAAGGCCAGAGCUUCUGACUCACAGCACAACCGAAGUCACUCAGCCGAGGACGAAUACCCCAGUCAAGGAGGACUGGAACGUCAGAAUCACCAAGCUGCGCAAGCAAGUGGAAGAGAUCUUUAACUUGAAGUUUGCUCAAGCUCUUGGACUCACAGAGGCGGUGAAAGUCCCAUACCCUGUGUUCGAAUCCAACCCCGAGUUCCUGUAUGUAGAAGGCUUGCCGGAAGGAAUUCCCUUUCGAAGCCCUACCUGGUUUGGAAUUCCGCGACUUGAAAGGAUUGUCCGUGGGAGUAAUAAAAUCAAGUUUGUUGUGAAAAAGCCUGAACUGGUGGUUUCCUACCUGCCUCCUGGGAUGGCGAGCAAGAUCAACACUAAAGCUUUGCAGUCUCCGAAAAGACCACGGAGCCCCGGAAGCAACUCGAAGGUCCCUGAAAUUGAGGUCACUGUGGAAGGCCCCAACAGCACCAACCCUCCGAGCUCAGCUGUCCGGACGCCCACCCAGACUAACGGCUCGAACAUUCCCUUCAAGCCUCGGGGGAGAGAGUUUUCCUUUGAGGCCUGGAAUGCCAAGAUCACCGACCUGAAGCAGAAAGUGGAAAAUCUUUUCAAUGAAAAGUGCGGCGAGGCGCUGGGCCUGAAGCAAGCUGUGAAGGUGCCCUUCGCGCUGUUCGAGUCCUUCCCGGAAGACUUCUACGUGGAAGGCCUGCCUGAAGGCGUGCCCUUCCGGAGACCCUCCACUUUCGGCAUCCCCAGGCUGGAGAAGAUCCUGAGAAACAAAGCCAAGAUCAAGUUCAUCAUCAAGAAGCCCGAGAUGUUUGAGACUGCCAUUAAGGAGAGCACCUCCUCCAAGAGCCCGCCACGGAAAAUAAACUCAUCGCCCAACGUGAACACCACUGCCUCGGGUGUCGAAGACCUGAACAUCAUCCAGGUGACGAUUCCAGACGAUGAUAACGAAAGGCUGUCCAAGGUCGAGAAGGCCAGACAGCUGAGGGAGCAAGUGAACGACCUCUUCAGUCGGAAGUUCGGUGAGGCGAUCGGUAUGGGCUUCCCCGUGAAGGUCCCCUACAGGAAGAUCACCAUCAACCCUGGCUGCGUGGUGGUGGACGGCAUGCCGCCGGGGGUGUCGUUCAAGGCCCCCAGCUACCUGGAGAUCAGCUCCAUGCGGAGAAUCUUAGACUCUGCCGAGUUCAUCAAGUUCACGGUCAUCAGGCCGUUCCCAGGACUCGUGAUUAACAACCAGUUGGUUGAUCAGAAUGAGUCCGAAGGCCCGGUGAUACAAGAAUCGGCCGAGCCCAGCCAGCUGGAGGCCCCGGCCUCGGAAGAAGUCAAAGAGGCCGAGGGAAGCUCUCAGAUCAAGCAGGAGCCGGAGCCCACGUGGUAGACCUGCUGGUCCUUGGCCGGGGCUGCCGUGGCGGAGGAGCUGCGCGGAGAGGUCGCCGCCCACGCCCACGCCCACGCCGUGUAAUAUACUUGUAUAACAGAAAUACCUUCUAUACAAACCUUCUUUUCUACUUUUAGAUAGAAAUGUCUACUUUUUCAGCAGUUGUGUGAAUUGAAUCCGAGGCAGAGUGACUGUAGAUUUGCACGGCUGCUUUACUCUGGAAUGUAUUAUAAGGAUUUGGGAAGACGGCAGGGCCGAGCCGCCGCCGCCUGGCCGCCUGGCCGCCUGGCCGGCAGAGCCCGCGGCCGUGGGGUUGACGUUCCAAUCAAGCGAAGACAGCUCCUCCUGGAACAUCUCUGCUUCCGCGGCGGAGACAAUUCCUGUGCUAGUUCGCUCCUUAGUUUUUCUAUUUGAGAAAUCCGCCCGACGCGCCCCGCGGCGGCUGGGUGAACAGUUAGUAUCUGUAUAUUUGACUAAACCUCUUCCUAGGCUGUCUCUCAUGGUCCCUAUGUUCUUUGUCACCGUUCCAGGAAGCCCCGCGGGAGCGUGAGGGCCGUGGGCCGUGGGCCGCGGCGGGGCGGGGCGGCCAGCCCGCUGGCGUGCGUCGUGGCGUAGUCUUCAGUAGCUUUACCACAAUACCCACCACGGAGAAUUCUAUUACAUGGUAGCAGGAAUAGGCAUUUUUAUGUGUUGCUUAUAUUUUACCUCAAAUUAAAUUGUAGAUAUAGGGUAAUAAAUAAAAUCCAUCCAUGCCUUUCACA